AUGAAGAAGUCAACAAGAGGACUGAAAUCUCAACAACAUGAUAAUGUCAAAUUUGGUAUUAUUGACAUUCUUCAAAUCAUUGGCGGUUUAAUCUUUUUAAAUGCAUUUUUAUCAUGGUGGUUUACUUCUACAUCAACAUGGGGGUAUAAAGGGAAAUGGAUUGAUUCAGAGUAUUUGAAAUUAAGAAUCACUAAUAACUAUGUCAAUUUAACUAUUGAUGAACUUUCCUUGUAUAAUGGAUCAGAUCCCAAAUUGCCUGUCUAUAUAGGUAUCAAUGGUAAGGUCUAUGAUGUUAGUCGCUCAAGAGGUGUAUACGGGCCUGAGGGAACAUACGGAUUUUUUAGUGGAAAAGAUGCAGCCCGUGCAUUUGUGACAGGAUGUUUUAGUAAGCAAGAUGAGUUCACCUAUGACCUAAGAGGAUUAGAUCCAGAUGAGGCCAUGCAUGAUAUUGAAAGUUGGCAAAGAUUUUUUGAAACCAACUCUAAGUAUUGGUAUGUGGGCAUUGUUCAACAUGAAGAUCUAGUGGGUGAACCACCAUCUCCUUGUGAUCAUAUGAAAUUUCCGACAUACUAUAACCAUUAG